CCACCUUUUCUUCUGAUUCUCAGGAAAUACCAGCUGGAAAAAGAAUAAUGGAACGUUGUCUAGAUGAAAAUUGUAACUCCACUUGCCCAGAUAUUCCCUAUGAAGAGAGUCAGACACUUCUGGUUGCUGUUUACAGCAUUGUUUUUGCUAUAGGCCUUCCAGCAAAUUGCUUAACUUCUCUGCUUACAUUUGUACAAAUCCAAAGGAAUAAAGUGGUUGCCAUCUACAUUUUCAGUUUAUCAUUGUGUGAGCUGAUGUAUUUAAGCACCUUGCCUUUCUGGAUUAUCUAUGUGAAAAAUGGACACAAGUGGACCAUGAGUGACACUGCUUGCAGAGUAACAGGAUUCAUCUUUUUCUGCAAUAUCUACAUCAGCAUUCUGCUUUUGUGCUGCAUCUCUCUGGAUCGUUACGUGGCACUGGUGUAUUCUCUGGAAUCAAGAGGGAGAAGAGGACAGAAAAAGGCCAUCAUAAUAGUCUGUUUUCUCUUUGCUGUGGUUGCAGUAAUCCACACUCCAGUAUUUUAUAUGGAAGAUAAGCAAAAAUGUACAGAUAUGAAAACCUGCUUUGAGACAGUGCCCCUUAACAUUUUAUUGGCUUCUUUCAGCUUUGCUAGAUUCCUAUUUGGAUUUGCCAUACCCUUCACAAUCCUCAUUUUUACAAACUACAAAAUUUUCCAAACUACAAAAAGAAGCAGCAGUUUGACUUGUCGCCAGAAAGCCAAAGUGAAGUAUGUGGCUAUUGCCAUUAUUGUUAUUUUCUUGAUCUGCUUUGCUCCAUACCAUGUGGUGCUCAUAAUAAGAGCCAUAUACUUUAUGUUUCAUCAGGACUGCCCGUGUCCAUUUGAAAAUAAGAUAUAUUCAGUUUUUACAGUGUUUCUGUGUUUAGGCACUGCAAACGGUGUUGCUGAUCCAAUCAUCUAUGUUCUGGUCAGUGAAAAUGUCAGAGAAGACUGUUAUAGGAGCCUGAGAAGAUGGAGAUGGAACUCAUCCAAGCUGAAUUCAUCCAUUGAUCACAAUACUGACAGCAGAAAAUUGGAAACGCCAAAAGAAUCAGAGGAAGGGGGCCAAAGAAAAGAAAACAAAGAAAUAAGAGAUUCAUCCAACAUUCAGAAGGCCUGUAAUAGUGGCAGAGACCAGGAAAGUGGCACCUAGCUGGUAGCUGCUGGAACAAGUAAGUUCCCAAUGCCAGCUGAAGGACACAAGUUUUUACACGCUGACAUCAUCUUGUGCAUCCUGCAUGGGCCAUUAACUCCUUGAGGACACUAUGGGAGCAAUAAUUCACAUUUCUGUUUGUCUCCUACGAUAAACUUUGCCCACCAGUAUCAUUGGUGAAAAUACUGCUUUGCGAAGGAUAUGUGGAUAAACUAAGUAAUUUACAUUGACUCAAAUUGGGAUCUUAAAAGCUUAUUUUUUUGGACUGACUCUUUCUCAUUUGAAAUAAAACCAAAAUUUUAAAAAGCACUGCUGAGGAAGACAAUGUACCAUUCCUAUGAUUGAAAUUUUUGCUUCUUGAGGAGGUACAUGUUCAGGUUCUCAUACAUGUGCUCUGUUGUUAACAUUUGUGGUUAACCAGUGGAAAAUAUUAAAAAUGAGUAAGUUGUUCAACAAGA